GCCGCACUCUGCCCAGUCCCCGCCGCCAUUGGUGAGUGUGGAGCCUGUAACUCACGGGCCAGGCCUGAACCGAGACACCGAGUGGGCCCCGGCUUCUAAACGUUCGCGAACCUUCCCGACCAGGCCUGGAACUGACAUAGCGAGCCCGGUGCUUCCGGACUGAAGCAUUCACCGAGUGACCGCCUGCGGCCUGUAUCCGCUGUUCGGACCCCGGCCUGUAGUGAGCCGCCCGUCCCCUCCCCCUCCGGACCUUGUGGAUUCUCCGUAUCCGCUCUUCAUGAAUGAUGUCUGCCACAAGCGUGGACCCGCAGAGACCAAAAGGACAGGACAGUAAAGUUUUUCCACUAGGGCGCUCAAACAAUGAUCUUAUUUCAGUUCAAAAUGGAUCCUUGCACCAGAAGGACAGCGUUCACGACAACGACUUUGAGCAGUAUCUCUCCGGGCAGUCAAAUCAGAGUAACAGCUACCCUUCAAUGACAGACCCAUACCUCUCCAGCUAUUAUCCACCAUCUAUCUUCCCGUACUCCCUGAGUGAAGCACCAUGGUCCACUGGUGGGGAUCCUCCCAUCCCAUAUCUUACCCCAUAUGGACAACUCAGCAACGGAGACCAUCACUUCAUGCAUGAUGCAGUGUUUGGCCAACCAGGGGGUCUGGGGAAUAACAUCUACCAACAUCGCUUCAACUUUUUUCCUGAAAACCCUGCAUUUUCCGCUUGGGGCACCAGCGGCUCUCAGGGUCAGCAGACUCAGAACUCUGCCUAUGGAGGCAGCUACAGCUACCCUCCCAGCUCCUUGGGUGGGACAAUUGUGGAUGGACAGACCGGGUUUCAUAAUGAGACUCUAAAUAAAGCACCCGGCAUGAACAGCAUUGAGCAGGGCAUGGUGGGGCUUAAGAUAGGCAGCAACGUGACUGCUUCAGCAGUAAAGACGGUUGGUUCUGUGGUGAACAGCGUAGGAAUGCCAAGUGCUCUCUCUGGCAAUGGUGGCAACAGUAUAAGCAUGCCACCUUCCAAACCGACCUCAUGGGCAGCCAUAGCCAGCAAACCUGCCAAACCACAACCUAAAACGAAAACUAAACCAGUGACCAUCAUUGGUGGGGCACUGCCUCCACCACCAAUCAAACAUAACAUGGACAUUGGCACCUGGGACAAUAAGGGUCCUGUCACCAAGCCCCCAAUGCCUCCGCAGAUCCCAUCUCCUCAGUCCAUCCCUCAGCCCCAACCCCAACAGCAGCUGCUGCAACCAAUCCCAGCUCAGCCGCCACCUCUGUCCCAAGCCCCUUACCAAAAUCCGCCGCCGCCACCACAGCAGCAGCAAGCCCAGCAGAACCGCUGGGUGGCCCCCCGUAACAGGAACGCUGCCUAUGGGCAAGGUGGGGGCCCUGAUGGUAAUCCCUUGGGUGGAGCUCCCCCUCAUGCUGUCCCUGGUAGUGACUCCCAUCCAGUGUUGGAGAAGCUUAAAGCCUCUCACAGCUACAAUCCCAAGGACUUUGACUGGAAUCUGAAAAACGGGCGAGUGUUUAUCAUCAAGAGUUAUUCAGAGGACGAUAUUCACCGUUCCAUCAAGUACUCUAUCUGGUGUAGCACAGAGCAUGGCAAUAAGCGACUGGACAGCGCUUUCCGCUCCAUGAACGGCAAAGGCCCCGUCUACUUGCUCUUCAGCGUCAACGGCAGUGGACAUUUCUGUGGUGUGGCCGAGAUGCGGUCACCUGUCGAUUACGGCACCAGUGCCGGUGUCUGGUCACAGGACAAGUGGAAGGGCAAGUUUGAUGUCAAGUGGCUCUUUGUCAAGGACGUCCCCAACAACCAGCUGAGGCAUAUCCGUCUGGAGAACAACGACAAUAAACCGGUCACAAACUCCCGAGACACGCAGGAGGUGCCCUUAGAAAAAGCAAAACUAGUGCUUAAAAUCAUUGCCACUUACAAGCACACGACCUCCAUCUUUGAUGACUUUUCUCAUUAUGAGAAGCGCCAGGAGGAGGAAGAGGUCGUGCGCAAGAAUGGCAGUGGCAUCAGAGAGAGGAACUGCUAGCAAAAGAGAGGGAGAAGACGUGUACAGAAGGAACGCCAGACCCGAAGCAAACAGUAAGGACGUCACUUCAACUUUGACUAGAACUGAUCUUAAAAAAAAAAAAUAAGGAAAAAGAAAAACAAAUCCUAAAAGUAACUUUAAAACACGUAAAAAAAAAAAAACUGAAUAGACUUUGUGGUGCCGCCUGUAGGCUUGGGACUGAGAUGAAUCUUUCAGUAUCUGUAUCUUCUAACGCGAGCUACAACGUAACUUCCACCCGCUCCUCCUAAAUUUCAUUUUCUUUAUUUUCAUUUUUUUGGCCAGUCCACUGUAUCCCUGUAUCAUUAUAUACCUGUAGUUUAUAAGUGUACUCUGAACCCUCCCCCUCUGGCCCACUAUCUGCUCUGUAUUUGCCCUGAAACAAUAAUGAAAGAGUUUAUUGUACGUCAAACUGCUCCUGUAUGAUGAUGAUGAUUAUGAUGAAGGGUCAACUCCACCCUCCAACCCCACCCCAAUCAGUGCGACAAUCCAACUUGAGGUGAUCUGUGAAAAUGGCAGCCUUGCCCACAGCAAUCAACCAGGAACCUGCUCUUUUCUACUGGCAUGGGAUUAGUUGAUAUGGGCAGUGCCAACAUCCCAUCCCUGUCCACAAUCCUCUGGUCUGUCAUUUUUGCCACAUCCACCGCUCACUUGUGUCCAUUCAUUUUUGGCAUCUUAUUUUGCGCAUGGAAGCGAUGCCACCCUUCCCUUUUUGCUGUUUUUUACUGCUUUGCACAGUCUUAGAGGCGAGUUCCUAUAGGGCUACCAUCAAGAACUUGCAGGACAUGUAUGGCAUGGGGUGGGUGGGGGGUGGUCUUCAUGGAAGUCAUUGGUCAGGACGGUCCCUGCCUGUUAAUACAUUUAUCUAUGUAUUGCGUAUACCCUAUGGAGGGAUCCAUAUCAUGAAGUCAAGCAGCCUGCCCGUUCACUAGUUACCAGUGAUAUCCCUGUGUGGUCAUUGGAUUCCCAUUUUCAUGGAAGUUAUCCAUGGGCCAUAGUCAGCGUUGUGAACCUGCACUUACUGGAAAAUCGCAUACACGGCCAUCCCUUCACUAUACCAGUUGUCUGUCUAUGGGAUGUUUGCAUGCAAACCCUGGUGGGCAACGCACCCUUUUGAAGGACACUCCCUCAACCCGGUAAUACUCUUUGUGAUUGACAUAUCAGUUUCCCCAUUCUUAUCAUAUCUAGUGAUCAUGCAUCUUAAUGUGGCGUUCAUACACAGGUUGCUGUGUCCUGUGACAAUGAAUUAUUAUUUUUAUUUUUUUGCAAAACUAGACUUUUCACCAUAUUCAUCUGUGUUGUCUUUUAUCGUCUGCCUGCACCGGCUGGCCUGUUACAUUAUAACCUCAUCAUGCAUGUUAUUCCUCGAAAGAUCAGUGUGUGUGUGUGUGUCUGUUAUUGGGGGUGGGGGAUGGAAGGAGGGUUGAUGCCAUUUCUCCAUUCCCCUUCAGCAGAAUUUCCAGGGGAUCUGUACUUCCCUCCUCUAAAUCAAACCUUCUCUUGAUUAAACAAUGGAAACACAAAUCUAAAUCGAUCCUUUUGGUGUCUGUGUAGAAAAGCUGCAGUUCCUGCUCUGGUCAUUAAUGUCACUUGUGAUGUUACUUCUCCCCACUAGAGGGAGCCGGUUAGCUGACGUCAUGGGAAUAAAGAUUAUGGGGCAUCUGUGAAUUUUCUAUUACAUUUGGGUGAAAAGCAUCACCUAGUUCAGACCUGCAAAAAGACCCAUCAGACUAAUCCAGUACUCAUUGGGGCUGUGUAUACAUUAGGUCUCAGUGACUUUGUCCCUAUUGAGAUAUCAUAUGACCGUGUUGUCCAGUCACUGAAACUGCAUCCGUUCUCUUUUCGUAUGGAGACUGCAGACAAGCAGCAGAGGCGCAAGCAGUUUUUUUCUAUUAACUGAAGUGCAAUAUUUGCCCAUAAUUUUUAGAAGGGAAUAAUGCAAAGGUCUUAUGUGAUAUUCAGAUUGUAGACCUAUUGGUACAUGGGCGUUGUGUAGGUUUAGUCUUUGCCCAAAUUAAAUGGUAUGUAUACUUUUGCAACCUUUUCUCAUCAGAGGCAACCCCUAUCAAAAUGCAUCCCUUAGGCACAACACACGAGAGUGUUGAAUGUGAGAAACUUGCAGCGUGUGUCAGUGAUUCAGUAGAUUCCAGGACCCUCAGGGUUAGGCUACAUGCACACGACCAUAUGUGUUU